GUGAAAUCUGUUUAUUGGUUGCAAUAAGCGAAUGGGAGAUUUUAUUUUCAUUGUUUAUAACCAAUUGAAUUAUUUGGGGAAACGGAAAUAGAUUGUUCAUUAUGUUCAUACAUGGUAUCAUAAUUUAUACUACGUUAGAGUUCUUUCUAAGGCAGUCUUACUUUUAGUAAAAACUUUCCAGUUUUGCUGAUUGGUUAAUUUGCUAUAAAAUUAGGUCAAUGGGAUCUUGUGUGAAGUCAAAUUAGAAGAGUAGAAGAAAGGAUUUGAUUUUCUUCCUGUUUAUCUCAUUAUUCAAGUCAUCGUAUUUUAUUGUUUGAUGCAUACGGUACGAUGAUAAGUGAUCUGUAAAUGGUGUUAUAAUAAAUAUCUCUGUGGUAUCUAACAAGACUGAUUAUACUGAUUAGAAUGAAGACUGCAUCCCGUAUUGCUGAUCGUAAUUCUCAAUCUGAUAGAUUCAGCAUGGCUGAACGACUUGGUUUAGGUCCUGAAGUUCGAGAAUUGAAAUUAGGGCCUUCUUUUACUAAUAAUAAGUCAACAGCAUUCCAUACGCUUAAAUAUGAUUUUAAGCCAGCAAGUGUAGAUGUGUCUAAAAUGGCAAGAGUAGAUGUUGGAACAAAUAAUACGAUGAUGGUUACCGUUCCACAUUUAGACGGAGCAGGUAUUCCUCAUACAGUGUUCAAAGGCUCUCAAAGGCCUCACCAUAAAGAUUGUGUUCUUAUUAUUGAUAGAAAAACAGGAGAAAUAACUUUAGAAAAAUUAUCUGCCAAUAUUCAAGUUAAAAAAACUCGAACAGAACCAAAGUCUCAAUUGCAUUUGGGAACUUCUACCACAAAUAAUAGUAGUACUAGUAGUAGUAGUAUUAAUAAUAAUAAUAGACCUAUUACACCUGUGGAAACUAAGAAAAGUCCUACGCAUAACAAGCUUAUUAAUAAGUCAAGAGUUGUGAAUCGUAAGAAGAAGGAUCGUGUCACGCAAUUGCAUCCAAAGCAAAGCAGUCCUCGAAUAUCACCGUAUCAUAGAAAAAGUCCACCAAAUCCAACAUCUGAUAGUUUGUCAAUGCAAUCAUCGACAACGCAGUCAACUUUGGCUAGCCUUCCAAUGAUUAGUUCAGAAAAUGAUGAUUUUCUUAUGAUGCCACCAAUGCCACCAAUGCCACCGUCAGCAGUGCCAUCAAUGCCACCGUCAGCAGUGCCAUCAAUGCCACCAAUGCCACCAAUGCCACCUCUUAGCGAUUCAAGUUCAGGAAGUUCAAGUUCAGAUAGUUCAGAUAGUGAUUCUGAUACUGGAAAUGCUCCUGUAUCAACAGUGACUAAUGGUCAUCCUAAUAAUACAACUUUAUCACCAACUUCACUAAUGCCAAAUAAUUUAUUAAAUGAGGAUUUACAGCUGUCAGAAUCAGAAUCUGACAGUGAUUAAUAAAGAUUUCUUAAGAUCUUAGAAACGAUUAAAAUGUGGUCUUAAUGGAAAAUAUAUAUAUAUAUAUGAGAAUUAUACAUUUGUGAGAUUACUUAUUAUGGUGUAUUUUCUAAUCAAUAGAUAUAUUUAUAAAAAAAAAAGCGAUUGAAGAAUGUAAUCCUAUAAAUAUAAUAGAAUAACAUGCGAAUUUAGAUAUUUAAUCUU